AUGGCAAUCGUCAAGUCAAGGAGGAAGACACAAAACAUAUCACCAGCAGCACCAUCAAAGAUGAAUUCCAUAUGUAUUUUAAUCCUGCUAUUACUACUGCACCUCUCGUCCUCUGUCGUAUACGGACAAGACUCUGUCUCAACAUCAACCUCGGGACUCGAAGCCAGAAUCAAGACGCUGCUGGCUGAGGGAAAGGUUAAUGAGGCCCUGGCCAGUUAUGAGACCUUGAUUUCGCUGGAUCCAAAAUCAUACAUUACAUACUUUCGUCGUGCAGCCACAUACUUGCAAUUGGGUCGUAACGAUGCUGCAGAAGCUGACUUUUCAAAGGUUAUUGAACUUGCGCCGUCCUUCUCACAGGCAUUAAUACAGCGUGGCAAACUACUAUUACGAGAAGGUCGUUUCUCAGAUGCCAUAACUGAUUUGAAGUCAUAUGCGUCGCAGAAUCCUAAAGAUGUUGAGGUGCCUGAAUUGGUCAUUGAAGCAACAAAAGCGCAAGAAUCAACGAAACUAGCAGAUGCUGCACUAUCAAAGAACGAUUGUGAACACGCUAUAGAACACUUGUCUGUCGUGCUUGGUGUAGCUACGUUUAACAUUCCGUAUAGGAUGAAGAGGGCGGCAUGUCAUGCCACUCGUGGUGAUUCGGAGAUGGCUAUUAGUGAUUAUAGUCGAGCAGCCAAACUAAAAUCAGACAACACAGAAGCACUCCUAGCAUUGGCAAACCUCCAUGUAUCAGUCGGCGAAAUCCCAUCCUCAAUGACAUCAUUACGUGAUUGUCUGAAAUUUGAUCCAGAUCAUCCUGGAUGCAAGAAACCAUUCCGACAAUUGAAGAAACUGGAUAAAGAUUUGAAAGCAUUGGAAGGAAUGGAAUCGAAAUCCAGAUGGAAGGAUAUUGUCAAGAUGGUUGUUGGUGAUGGUGGUGAUGGAACGACAUUGAAAGAGCUGGAAAAGAUGGGUGCUAAGGCGCCGAUGGUGCGGGUUUUGGGGUGGACGUGUAAGGCCUAUCAUGAGUUGAAGGAUACUCGAAAAGUCAUUGAAUGGUGUAGCAAAGUGCUUGCUAUGGAUGCCAAUCAUCGUGAUGCUUUGGUAUUUAGAGGGGAAGCUAGUAUAGAAGAUGAAGAUUACGAUGCUGCUAUGAGAGAUUAUCGAAAAGCCCAUGAAAACAACCAGCAAGAUCGACAAGCAACAGAAGGAUUCCAGAAAGCACAACGAUUAAUGCAAAUGGCAGCACGUAAAGAUUAUUACAAGGUGCUUGGAGUCAAGAGAUCAGCUGAUAAAAAGGAAAUCAAGAAAGCGUAUCGCAAGUUGGCUCAAGAGUGGCAUCCAGACAAGUAUUCAGGAGACAUGUCCCAAGAAGCAGUAGUCAAGAAGAUGACUGAUAUCAAUGAAGCCUAUGCGAUUCUCACAGACGAUGAGAAACGUGCCAAGUUUGAUAAUGGAGAAGAUCCAGAGGGAAAUCAAUCUCCUCCUCAAUAUGGAAAUCCCUUCCAAGGAGGAUUCCCAUUCCAAGGUGGUUUCCCUGGUGGAGGUCAGCAAUUCAGCUUCAGGUUCUAA